CGGCGCGGCCGUUGGGGAGGGGGGCGUGGCCGGCGCGCGGAGGGGGCGCGGCGCGGCGCGGCGCCCCCGGGCCGGGCGCCGAGACUGGCAGUUGGAGCGACUCCCCUUUGUGUCUGGCGCGCGGCGGAGCGAGGCAGGAAGAGCGAGACCUUUAACGGGGCGGGAUGCUGCUGCGCCGCCGGGCUGCGGGGCGUGCUGGCGGCGCCCUGCGCCCAGCCUGAGGCGGCCGCUCGAACUGACAGUCGGCGGCGCUUCCUCGCGUCUGGAUAUGUUUCCCCCUAAACCCGGGGGCUUCUUCGAUGUCGUGAAGCUGCGUGGGAAGUAAGCUCGGUCCCCGGAGCGGAUCGCGAGGCUCGCCCCUUCCCCGGGAGCGGGGAGAUGCGUCUGGGCCCGGAGGCAGAAACGGGCUGUUCUGCGGUUUCCAAGAAGAAGCGUUGCCGCUUCCCGAGACAUGAAGGCAGCCUGGUGUAAUGGAGUAAGAGCCGAGGCGGCCCCUCUCCUCCGCCGUUUGCCCUUCCAGACUGGAUUGUAAACCAGGAGAGUUCAGCAAGGCUGUCUGAGAGAGAGAAAAAAAAGAGGAAAUUCCUCUCGUCGUUUUUAUUUUUUUUUAUUUUUCCUCCUCCUGCCUCGUCCCUUGGCUUCGCCAGGUAUGACUGCCUCACUGCAGCACCUUUUGCUGGUGCUCCUGCUCUCCAGUGCCACCCUGCUGCUCAGCACUGCGGCUGCUACACAGAGUGAGGAGCGGCUGUGUGCAUUUAAGGACCCGUAUCAGCAGGACCAUGGCAUCAGUGAGAGCCGAAUCUCUCAAGAGAAUGGCACGAUUCUGUGCAUGAAAGGUAGUACCUGCUAUGGACUUUGGGAAAAAACACGAGAAGGAGACAUACAUCUUGUAAAACAAGGAUGCUGGUCUCAUAUAGGAGACCCACAAGAGUGUCACUUUGAAGAGUGUAUAGUAACGACCACCCCUUCCUUGAUUCAGAAUGGAACAUAUCGCUUCUGCUGUUGUAGUACUGACUUGUGUAAUGUCAACUUCACUGAAAACUUCCCACCUCCUGACCCUACUGAUACAACACCUUUCAAUUCUUCUCAUUCUUUUCAUCGAGAUGAGACUAUAGUUAUUGCCCUUGCGUCUGUCUCCGUACUAGCUGUUUUGAUUGCUGCUCUGUUCUUUGGAUACCGAAUGCUUGCAGGAGACCGUAAGCAAGGUUUGCACAGCAUGAACAUGAUGGAGGCAGCAGCAUCAGAGCCCUCGCUUGAUCUGGAUAACCUAAAGUUACUAGAGUUGAUUGGCCGAGGACGAUAUGGAGCGGUGUAUAAAGGCUCCCUAGAUGAACGCCCUGUUGCUGUGAAAGUAUUUUCUUUUGCUAAUCGCCAGAACUUUGUCAAUGAGAGGAACAUUUACAGAAUUCCCCUGAUGGAGCAUGACAAUAUUGCCCGCUUCAUUGUGGGAGAUGAAAGGUUCACUGCAGAUGGACGUAUGGAAUAUUUAUUGGUGAUGGAAUAUUACCCCAAUGGUUCUUUAUGCAAAUAUUUGAGUCUCCACACAAGUGACUGGGUGAGCUCUUGUCGCUUGGCACAUUCUAUUACUAGGGGCUUGGCGUACCUGCACACAGAGCUACCUCGAGGAGACCAUUACAAACCUGCAAUAUCCCAUCGUGACUUGAACAGCCGCAAUGUCCUGGUAAAGAACGAUGGAACCUGUGUAAUUAGCGAUUUUGGACUCUCCAUGAAGUUAACUGGAAACAGACUAGUGCGCCCAGGUGAGGAAGAUAAUGCAGCCAUUAGUGAGGUUGGUACGAUCCGCUAUAUGGCCCCAGAAGUGCUUGAAGGAGCAGUGAACCUGCGGGACUGUGAAUCUGCUUUGAAACAAGUAGAUAUGUAUGCACUAGGCCUUAUCUACUGGGAGAUAUUUAUGAGAUGCACAGACCUCUUCCCAGGGGAAUCUGUGCCAGAGUACCAGAUGGCUUUCCAGACAGAAGUCGGAAACCAUCCCACUUUUGAAGAUAUGCAAGUCUUGGUGUCUAGGGAGAAGCAAAGACCAAAAUUCCCAGAAGCCUGGAAAGAAAACAGCCUGGCUGUGAGAUCACUUAAAGAAACAAUUGAAGACUGUUGGGAUCAAGAUGCUGAAGCUCGACUAACAGCGCAGUGUGCUGAGGAGAGGAUGGCAGAACUCAUGAUGAUUUGGGAGAGAAAUAAAUCAGUUAGCCCAACAGUCAAUCCUAUGUCAACUGCCAUGCAAAACGAGCGGAAUCUGUCGCAUCACAGGCGUGUUUCAAAGAUAAGGCCAUAUCCAGAUUACUCUUCUUCCUCCUACAUUGAAGAUUCAAUCCACCACACUGACAGCAUAGUGAAGAACAUUUCUUCUGAACAUUCAAUGUCCACUACACCAUUGACUUCAGGGGAGAAGAACAGAAACUCCAUUAACUAUGAGCGGCAACAAGCACAAGCUCGCAUCCCUAGUCCUGAGACAAGUGUCACCAGUUUGUCCACCAAUACUACCACCACCAAUACAACUGGCCUCACUCCUAGCACUGGCAUGACUACCAUAUCUGAGAUGCCUUACUCAGAUGAAACAAACUUACAUACUACAAAUGUCAUGCAGCCAGGUGGGCCCACCCCUGUUUGUCUGCAGCUAACAGAGGAGGACCUAGAGACGAACAAACUGGAUCCAAAAGAAGUGGAUAAGAACCUGAAGGAAAGCUCUGAUGAGAAUCUGAUGGAGCAUUCCCUUAAGCAGUUUAGUGGGCCAGAUCCACUCAGCAGCACUAGUUCCAGCUUGCUUUAUCCGCUCAUAAAACUUGCUGUAGAGGUGACAGGACAACAGGACUUCACACAAGCUGGCAAUGGCCAAGCAUGUUUGAUUCCUGAUGUCCCGUCUGCUCAGGUCUAUCCUCUACCCAAGCAACAGAACCUUCCGAAGAGGCCGACUAGCCUUCCUUUAAACACCAAAAAUUCAACGAAGGAGCCACGGUUAAAAUUCGGUGGCAAGCACAAAUCAAACUUGAAGCAAGUGGAAACAGGAGUUGCCAAGAUGAACACUAUCAAUGCGGCAGAACCUCACGUGGUGACAGUUACCAUGAAUGGAGUGGCUGGGAGAAGCCACAGCAUAAACUCUCAUGCUGGCACAACCCAAUACGCGAAUGGGGCAGUGCCGUCUGGCCAGACAACCAGCUCAGUAGCACAGAGGGCCCAGGAAAUGCUUCAGAACCAGUUCAGUGGAGAGGAUAGUCGGCUGAACAUUAAUUCAAGCCCUGAUGAGCAUGAACCCUUGUUGAGACGGGAGCAGCAGGUUGGCCAUGAUGAAGGUGUUCUGGACCGCCUAGUGGACAGGAGAGAGCGACCGCUGGAUAAUGGCCGAACGAAUGCCAACAACAACAACAGUAAUCCGUGUCCAGUGCAAGACACAGCUACACUCAGUAUCCAGAACGUAGCAAGAAAUCCUGGGCAGACCCAGACUAGAAGAGCACAGAGGCCUAAUUCGCUGGAUCUAUCAGCCACAAAUAGUUUGGAUAGCAGUAGUAUGCAGUUAGGUGACUCCUCACAGGAUGGCAAAUCAGGCUCAGGAGAAAAGAUCAAGAAACGUGUGAAAACUCCAUACUCACUUAAGCGGUGGCGUCCUUCAACAUGGGUCAUCUCCACUGAACCGCUGCACUGCGAGGUCAACAAUAACGGCAGUGACCGGGCAGUCCACUCCAAAUCCAGCACUGCUGUUUAUCUUGCAGAAGGAGGCACUGCCACCACAAUGGUAUCUAAGGACACAGGAGUGAACUGCCUGUGAAAUACUUUAAAAGUCGACAGAUGACCUUUUUUUGCAUUAUUUGAAACAAACAUGCAGAAGACAUUUUAAAAAACUGCUUUCUCCUCCUGUCAGCAACCCCUACCAAGGACUCGCUUUAAAUAGAUUUCAGCUAUGCAGAAAAUUUUUAGCUUAUGCUUCCAUAUUUUUUUAUUUUGUUUUAUUUUUUGAACGUUUUUGCACUUUUAUUUAGUAUCGCUAAAGUUAAGUCUGUCUGUUUUGACCACGGAAUAUAUAUAUGUGUAUCAAAAAUGUGGUCUCAAAAUAUUUUUUUAAAAAAAAGUAACAAAAAAAUAUUGCUGAUAAUCAGUUUGGACCAGUUUCUUAAGGUCACUAAGAUCAUAAGCAGACUAUAAGACAGGUUUGACUGCAGUGGUGUCUUGUAACCAUGUUUUGAUUUCUGUGCACAAGCUAGUCUGUAUAUUUCUAUGUUAAAAAGUGUAUUCUCUUUUGAACCCUUAUUUUUCUUGUGUCAUGUUGAAAUGUGCAAUAGUCUAUAGUUCACAGUAUGCUUUAUUGAAAAGUGUGUUUCUAAAACUGCCACAUGUUCCCCUUUCUGUGAGUAUUUGUUAAUUUUUCCCUGACAGUUGAGCAGUCAGCCAGUCAUGACAGUGAACUUUGCACACCGUAGCCAGCUUGAAGCAGCUGCCUGUAUCACAUUGUGCUCUGAGGUGACAAUGCAUGAAUUUUCCCAACUUGAAAGGGCUUUUAAAAAGGAACAACAAAAAAAAAGAGCUCAGUACCUUUCCUUUAAUCCUUCCAAAUCUAAAUGUGUUUCCUUUAUAGUAGUAGAUGCUAGCCUGUGAAGUUCUGAAUAGCAAAACAUUGAACAAAUGUAAGGAAACAGAAUGUCAGCCAUUUUUUCCAUUUUAUUUUGUGUGCAGUUUCAGCCUUUGUAUUUAUGUAAAACCUUAUUUAGAUCACUAAAAAUGUACAUUGAAAAAUACAUUUUUAUCAGAUACCUUAAUGACUGUCGUACUUAAAAGCUCUAGUGAAGAUAGGUUGCUAAGAUAUUUUGUUUACAUAGAGGGGGGAAAAAAUCAUGAAUCUUGAUCGUGAUGAGUCACAAAUCUUUCAGGAUUUACCUCCUACAGAAAGUCUGAGGUAAAAUCAGUCUGAUUACUUAUGCAAGUAGGUGCAUCCUAAUUGGCUGUUGUUGCUGAGUUAAAACUCUUCUUCCCAUCAUUUUUUAGAGCCUCUUAUUCAUCUUGUUAAAAUUUAAUGCAUGCUUUUAAAAUUCAUGGUUAUGAGUGUUUUGGGGUGAGAAUUGUUUUGUUUCUCUGGUUAGAACUUUGUACAUAACACUCCACACAUUGAUUUUAGGUGUCAGUGGUCAUGAAUGUAAUAUCUAUUGAGAUAAAUUGUUUUUUCAUCUUCUCAAGUAAACAUUAUCUUCUCAAGUAAACUAUUAUUAUUAUUAUAACAUUAUUACAAUGAUCAUUUUUGCUGUCUACUGAAAGAAAAUUAAUUUCCUCACUGGCCAAACCCCCCUUCCACCUAAGACUUUUAGCUUGAGAAAUAUUCUUUCUGAUUGAAAAAAAUUCCUUAAAACCUAUUUACAUUAAAAGUAUAUAACAUAUGUCAGUCUUUAGUACUGAGUAAAGUUUUAUCACUGCAUCUGAAAACUGGUUAUGUGCAAAGACAGAAAAUCUAUUCAGUCAGCAUGCCAAACUCCUAUGCAGAAUAUUGCUAGCCAACCAUUGCCUCCCCCAGCAUGUCCACUUUGAGUUGAGUGAAACAAAUGUUGCAUGCUUUCAAGCUCAUUUGUUUCCUUGCUAUUGUAUUUUUUUUCCCAUGAGGUAAACUUUGCCAACUCUGUUCUUUCACAUCCGAUGAUAUAACCGGCAUAUAUAAUAUAUGCUUUCCUAUAUCUGAUUCUUGCUGUUUCCCAAACUCCCUUGUUUAUACCUGAUUUCUGUGAUUUCCUAUCUUGAUGUUCCUUAAAUACUUCUUAGAUUCUCCUAGAUAUCUCCAAGAGGUAACGCUAUAUACCCAGUCCCUGAUUCAGCAUAGCUGUAGAAAUAUAAGCCAUGAGAGACUCUGAACUUGCUAUGGUCUCAUCUCUGUUGUACUUCAGGUAAUACCUUUCUUCUCUGAGGCAUAAUUCUGUUAUCCUGAUGUGCAAAUACAGUUACAUCUCCCCUCUUCAAAAAGACAGCCUUUCUCUGGUUUUAUUCUUAAUUCACUCUCCAGCUUGCCAUCUGCUGCAAUCUCGCAUCGCAGGUGUUGUAAACCUGCCAUUUGCUCAGCUGGCUUUCAAGAUCUGAAUAAGAUUUUUUGGCAUGCUGUUUGUAAUGUUGGCUGUGUUUUUUAUCUCAUUUGGACUUCUUUGGGUCUACAGUUGAAUGUCUGGAGUACAGUACGUUGUUUUUUGAUGAUCACUGUAUCAUGCAUGUCGAAGAUUCUUCACUCCUUUUCCAAAGACUUUUUGCUUUGCCUAACACGUAUCUUCUAUCAGCAUUGCAGAAUGUGGUCUGAAAAGCAUAUGUAGGACACUUUUAUCUAACUUGAAACACUCUAGGGAAAGAAAAGUUAUUUACUCUAAGUACUGCUUCUUUCUGCUAAGACAGUUUUACACCAUUCUUCUAGCCUUUCUUUUCAGGGCAAUCCUUUAUAAGAAAUCCAACUUUUUAUGCUCAAUGCAGUCAAAAGAUUUUAAUAAAAUGAUAUACCAGAUGGAAAGGUCCUUCUGCAGUUCUGCAGUUUUUCUUACAGAUUCUCAAAACAAACACAAUAAUUUAAUUUCCUUUAUCUUUUUCUAUCACUUGGUGAAAAGCCUUUGGGAAGAAUCAAUAAGUAAAAGAAAAAACAUGCUAUAUAAUCUACUAUGGAUAAGUAUAAUUUGUAACAUUGAUAGCAAGGUUUACUUUAUCCCAAAGUACCUUAUAGAUUAAAUAAAGAAAAGCUGUUUAUUUUUAAAGGUCAAUCAAAAUGAACUCUUAAGUAGGUACUAAUAUAUUCUGAUUCUGCCACAGCCAGAUGAGAUCAGAUUAGCACAGCGUGGUUUUUAUGCUUAAUUUAUUAAUGCCCUUUUUUGCUCACAGCAAACAAUCCAGUCUCUACAGCAUAUAUUCUCUAAAACUGAAUGACAUUGAAUUGUGUCUCACAAAAGUACCUUGGGGAAUCAUCCUUAAAUGACUGAAAGACAUCUAAGAGAAUUCUACAGAUCAGAUACAUAUGGAUGAUAGUUGAUUAAUAUACUAUUAUCUGGGGCGGGGGGGGGGGUGGAAUGUGUUUUAUUUCUUUGUGGUUUUUGUUUUUUUAAGGAAAAAAGGAUUAGUUAUGAAAGCUGGUGGUUUUCUAUCAAUUUCUGAUGUAUACUGCAGACAAGAUAAAUAGCAUAAAUAACUGAACUGUGCCACUGUCAAAUAGGCAACAGUAGAAUAUUUGCUAUGGUAAUUUAUAAUGUGUAAUUCAAGUAAAAUGUUACAGCAAACAUUUGUGAUGUUUGUGUACCUAAGCCAAAAUCCAAAACCUUACUGAUUUCAGAAAAAUCACACAAUAAUUGAAGCUAAAAGAUUUGCUUAGGCUAAAUACAUCGCCUGUUUUUCUAUUUCCUAUAAUAGAGAUGCUCAUCAACAUUACAGCGUUUAGAAUGUGAAUUCUAACCAUUUAUGCAAACAUGGCUGCAUAGUGAAAUUUAUUUUCUUCUAAAAUUGAUAUUUACAAGUCAGAUUAUCUGGAACACUUCCCCUGAAUUUGCUCACAAUGGUCUAUAGCUUCAUGUGUUAAACAGUUAGUAAUAAAAAUGCCAUUCUUGGAACUCUCAGAUGCACUUAAAUUACAUAGCUAAAGGUAAAUGAAUUCUCAAUUUAAAAGAAAACUAAUUGGUAUUUUCAUCAUUAUAAUAUUCUCCGGAACAAGGUACAUUUCAAUUGAAAAUCAUGUUUAUCUGUGUUUUGCUUUCUUACUGCAGUUUAAGUGUUCUUUGCAUCUAUAAAGUUACCUAAUUUUCAAAGGCAACACAAUUUCAUUUUUUUCAGUCUGUUAGGGACAAAAAACAAUGCAAGAUGGAUGCUGGCAGGUUUUAGGAAUUAAUAAAAAUUAUAAAUAUGAUUAGAAAAUACAUAUCCUCCAUCUAUCAGCUUUUUCCAAAAUAAAUGUUUAAUCCUAGCUGCCUGAGGAAGGAGUAUAAGGGGGUUCAGUAUAUGUGUGGAGGAGAUUAUUGCGCAAAACUUGAUAUUAAUGACUAGGUAUUUAGAAAAUACAUGUUGUACACAUUAUACAUGGCAUAGUUUCAGUGUUAGGCUGAUUUUUGGGAUCAUGCUUUUUGCUCUAAUGAUAUCCCUAAAGUACUUUUGAGAGUGUUAUUUUAAAAAAAAAGUCCAUUAGUGUAAUAUUACUGGGUUUAUGUUCAGAUGGUAAUUUUCUUCUGUGGGAAAUACUCAAAAGAUCACAGCCAUUUUGCCCUUGAAAUGUUGUUAUGAAAAGUUCUAGCCUAAUUAAAGAGAAUUUUUAAAUUCACAUAUGUAGUCAUUACAGGAAAAAUGUCUUGUGGUAUGCUGUAAUUUUUACUUGUAUAAAAAUGAUAAAGUUCCCAUUGCUGAAACAGAGAAUGUUUUUAAGCACUGAAACAGUAAUUGCCAAGCAUAACUGACUCAAUGUCUGUUAAAUUUGAAAAUUUGGAACAAUUUAUCUAUGAAGUUUGACAUAGGAUCAAUUAGUUUGAGUGUUGCAAUCUGACCUCCCAAUAUCCAUUUUAACAGAUAAAUAUAUUAUAUAACCUCCCUUUUCCCAUGAACUUAUUUUGUGUUCAGCUAUAGUCCUUUGUUCCUUGAAAAAGCUAUACCUAUGGCAAUGGAGCUAAAUACAUAUUUUUAUGUAAACUCUAUAUGUAUUACAAUGCAUAUGUAUGUCAUGCAUAAAUUCCAGGAUUAAAUUCUGUGGGUUACAGUAUCAGAUGGUAGCAGUGGUGUAGAAGUAUAGUGCUGUUUUUCAUAAGCCAUUUUUAAGUUGUCUUUAGUACAUUACGAUACAUAUUGGGCUCAGUCUGUGACACUUAGUUCAGCAGUGUAAGAUCUCUCAGAACAGACCUGUCAUUGAUUGUUUAGGUGGAAUGAAUUUAUUCUUGAAAGAAAGAUGGGAAUGCACUUGAUCUGAACCUCAGCUGAAGCUGAGUAAUUUAAGGUUGCUCCUUUAAAGAUAUCAGUUAAGUCUGAAAGAAAUCCAAAAUUCAUAAGUAUGAUAAUUUUUGCAAGGCUUUUGUUAUAUAGUAGCUAUGGUUAUGUGUGUGGUUGCCAUUUAAACAUAAGGUUCUUAGGCCAUUAAAUCCAAUGGGGAGAAAUUACUUUUUAGGCUUGUAUAUUGUCAUAUAAGGCCUCAAGCUGUAGAAAUAAGUCCCUCUUUUGUUUUGGUUUGGUUUUUUUCUAAAUUAGGUUUAGCUUGGAUGUGAAAUAGUAACAAAUCAGAUUUCUCGUUUUGAGAUUUCUUCUGUACUCACUAAAACUGGGAGCAGAACAUCCAGUUCUGCAGAUAAACACAUGGAUUCAGGCCCUCCUUCGAAUCAAAAUGGGAGCUCUGUUUGGCCCCAGUGUAUCUCAGGAAAUCAGCAUCUAAUCAGUUGAUGCUUGCUAUUGAAAUCAAAGAAGAGUCUGCCAUUGAUUUUGACUGAAGGAGGAUUGGGUUCAGCUGAUGCUGGUGUUCAUAUUUUCUCACGCGUGUUAGUGCUGGGAAGGCCAAGGCGGAAUGUUAGAGGGUGGGGGCUGACCCUGGGUAUUGAUGUUUGCGGAGUGUUGGCUGAUGCCUUGAGUCAGGCUGUCGCGCUGGGUCAGUACCAGUUCAGCUGCGGUUUCUGUCAAGAAGUGGAACUGCACCAGUGGGAGCAAUAAUGGAAGGUUUCAAGAUAAGUUCUCAUUUACACCAAAGCCCUUUUAUGUUGAUCUGGGCUUAGUACAGGUCUGAUUUAGUCACAGCUGUAGUGAAUUACUAAUAUGGAAGUACUUUUUAUGGCAAUUUCUAUUUAUUUCACUGUGGUUUAAUCUAUAUAUUUGCAUAAUAACCAGGAACCAGUUGGAGUUAUGUUAAUUUAUAAUGUAAUUGUCAGAUAUUUUAAAAAGCAUAUUGAUCGGUAAUCAUGUAAAAUCGCAAGUCACUCAGUUCGUUAACUUCAAUACAUAGGUCAUGUUUCAACAGAUUCAGUAACUGUCACGAUAAAGAAAGAUAUCUUCAAAAUCCUUGCAGUCUUCUGCAGCUACAUUAUGUAACAUCCUUCAGGAGCAUAGCCUCUUGCAUGGUAAUUAUUUUAAAGUAGAAAUAGUUACUUUUUAUAGCUUACUAGUUUUAAGGCCUCCCAAAAGUCAACUUUUUUAGCCUAUUCACCUACCUGUUUUUAAGACGGAGCAGGAAAUUGUGAGGUUUAUUUCUAGAGCACUUGAUUCACUUUUUUGUGCUUCAGAACUGUAUCAUGAAGUAUCAUACUUCAAUCGUGUUUAUUCAAAAGAAAGGAAAAUAGUUAAUGUUUCAGUAAUUUUUAAACAGUUACAAAAACAAAGAAACAGGCAAGUCCAAGUUACAGCUGACUUUCAUUUGUCACUUUCCUGACAAUUUCUGAUUUGUGGCUCUUCUCUCUCUUUCACAAUGUUGAAAUGUAUUUAAAAAAGGUUUAUAUGUAAUGUUUCUUGUCUGCUUUUUGUCUCUAGAGGAAAGUGUGCUCUAUUCACAUUUAUAUAAGCUGGAAUCAUAUUUUACAAUCACUGUUCAUUAUUUUCCCCCCAAAUGCAGUAUAAAAGGAAAAUGAACAUGGCAAAGACUGAUUUCUAGGGUUUGGUGUUCUGUAGAAGCUGAAAUAAGGAGACGUGAAACUGCCUUUUUCUUUAUGAAAGACUGUAAAAAGAGCAUUAAUUUCUGAGCGAGCGUUUCUGGGGAGGAGGGGGAAAAACCCUAGAAUAUGGAGUCUCAUCAGAACCCUUCUGUUAACGGGUAUUUUUGUUUUUUCCUCUCAAAUAACUGAGGAAAUAUCAUGUAUGAAUUUAUAAAUAAUUGCUUUCAGUUAUUUCUUUUAUAUAAGCUGCCCAAUACCCUUGCUAUGCUGUAUAAGUUGUGUUUCAUGGAACAGUGUGAGUAUGAAAUAAAAAGCUAAUUUUUGUUUUUUAAUCAUCUGUGGAUGCCACUAUGAAAGCUGACAUUGUUAAAGCCACUACAGAGUUUUCUAUGAAUACUUGUAAGAAUUGCUUUGUUAUAUAUAAACCUAAAUAAAGAGAUUGUAUUGAUACAGAGACAUUGGAUAAGAACAUUUAAAAGGCUAUUCUUUAGGUCUAAAAGAAAUGGCUUGCUGUAAAAUGGUGCAUUAUUCCAUUUAUUAAAGAUCAUAUUAAUGACAAAAA